GCGGCGCCCGAGCCGCGGCCGCUGCGGCUCGCCGACCGCUUCGGGCCCCGCUGGCAGGUGGCGUGGGCCCAGCGCCCUGCUGCGGGUCUCAGCGACGCCCUCGCGUGGCUCCUCCAGGGCAACGGGGUGACCGCCAAGGAGAUCUCCGACCUCUCCGAUUUGCUUGCCCCGCUCGGCUGCUACGACUUCGUCACCCUCCUGACGGAGGACGAGGUGCGCGAGAUCGCCACAGAAGCGGGCGUGGUCAUGGGACGCGGUGCCAGAAGUCGCCCGCGACAAACUCUUGUGCCUCGCUGCUGUUCGUCGUUCUGUUCUCUCUGGAGGUCAGCAAGCUCUCCAAGGAGAACGUGGUUGGUGCGUGGCGGGACUGCCUUGCGCACCUGGCAGACGCCUCUUCCGAAGGAGUAGCUCCACGAGGUGGGCGGGCCCUCUCUCCAGUUGUCGGGGCCAGGGGCGGUGCCUCUUCCAUGGAGGCGGCUGCAGGCGAGGUCGCCGUGGAGGCUUCGCUGCGAGGCGGCGGCCACCUGGCGGGAGGCGUGGGCGGCAUAAGCGCGGGCGCUUGA